CAACAGCGACGAACAUACCACACGAGGGAAACUAGAGAGUUUAUUGCGCCACCACUAGCUCCUCCAUAUUCAAUCGGCAAUCAGUAAAUUGUCAAGUGGCCGAUUUAGUAAUUCGAGUUGUGUGAUGAUCGAAGCGAUAAUUUUUUAAAAGAAAAAUGCUUCGAACCAAGAAAGACGUAGACAAACAUGUACAAGAUCUACAGAAGAAAGUGAACAACGAAAAUGAGCGAAAACUUCUUGGCUUCAACUUUGCCAAGUCUUAUCAUCAAAUUGGAGAACACAAGAUAGCCAAACAAUAUCUAGCUUCAUAUCUUGCGAUUAAGGAGUGUUCAGCUCCAGGCCAUCGCCUGGCUGGUCAAAUUGCAGAGUCUUUAGGUGAAAAAGAGGCAGCUGUCAGAUCAUACAAAAGAUCUUUUGAUAUUGAUAGCAGUCAACGAGAUUUGGUUUUCAAGAUCUGCAGUUUGGUUUGUGAGUUACCCACCAGCCCAGCCAACAGAGAUCUUCAGCAAUGCUGGUUGGAGAGAGCUGAAGCAUUGCAGCCUCAGCACAGUGUAGUGUUUGAGCUGAGACAGAGGCUAAUGCUGUCAUCAAAUUCCCAAGUAAAAGGAGCAGUGGAAGAUCAACUGAAAAAUGAAAUGCUCAGCAAACCAGGUGACAUGAAGCUUCGUAUCCACCUUUUAAAGUUGUAUCUUGAUUCAAACAGAGUCAAGGAAGCUUAUGAACAUAUGCUCAAGAUUGAAUCCCUUCAAGUAUUUAGUCAAGAGCUAGACUGGUACAAUUGUGCUCUGAAUGUCCUUGAAUCCUACAAGAAGCUUUUGGACCACAAAGUGGGGCCUGAUUUCUACUUCCACUACUUGAAUGCUGUAGACCGACUAUCGUUUCUUAAGAUUUCUAGAGUUGGUAAAGGCCUUAAAUCAGCCCAAUCUAUCGGUGAGGUACUACCGACCUUGCAAUCACUGGACGUCACUUUACAACUAGCGAAAGAAAACGGCGUUCAGCGAGAUAUUCUGGUACACUUUACGUGUCAGUUGUACUUUCAAGCUGGUUUAGUCGUUCUUCUGAAAGCUCUAGCCGGCCUCGAAGAUGAGUAUCAAGCCCUGAGCUAUGCUGCUACUCUCUUCACCAUCGCUUACAACCAGGGUACAACUGGAACCCCCAAUCAGUUUGGCGACAAAAAACUCCUAGAUUCAACCAUUGUGACUGCCAGAUACCGCCAGAGUCAAUGUGGCCAUUGCAUCUUCGCCUGGGAAAGCAGAGAAGGUCGUAAAUGGGUGGUGGACACCGUCAAGAGGUGUGACAAUCCUGACGGACGACGCAAGAUGUUUGAAACCGUCUUCGGUGGCGCAUCAACGCGCCCUUAUUUCGGAGAAAAAUUUCAAUUUCCCAAGGAACAACUGGAAUUACCUUCUUUUGCUGAUUUGCUUGAACUUGAUAAAACCGCCCUCCAGCUCUAUUCUAACGAAUUACAUCCAGUGGUCUGGUUGGGCUUACGAUACUUUACCAUGCAUCGCAGACUGAAUGAAACUGACUUUGCAUCAGAUCUCAGUCAGAUCUUGACAUCUUCACGCUUCAUGCGCGAUAUCCCAUUCUCUUCAGCGUCGUGGAAUUCCUGCGCACCUGAGACUCUUUCUGCGCUAGAUAUGGAGUCAUUCGUGUAUGCUUCAAUUUACAGCACCGUCUCCUUGGAGGAAAACGAUUCGAAGGUGUUUGGAACGGUGCCUGCUGCAUUGACAAAAUCGCUGUGCACAGACCAGCAGUCGGCCUGGUGGCAAUCUGCCAUCAAACUUAUCUCGGGAUCGGCUAAAGAAAAUUUAAGUGAGCUGCGCCGUACUCUGCAACGAGGUUUGGAGGUCAUCCGUCUGUCUGGAAACCAACAUGGGAUUCCACUGGAACUCGUGGCCAAGCUCGCUCGAACAUUUGUGGCCAGGGCUGGGAAAAGCCGCGUGUUCCCUGCCGUCGACGUACCUGCACCUAUCUCCACAGAUGUGAUGACAGUUGAACAAACAGAGGCCCUUGAAAGUCAGGCAACUCGUUAUUGGAAAAUCUUUCUUGAAAUGGCUAAUACAGGAAAUAGAUACACUCCCCCUUUAUCUGGACGACUAUUUGAGUUUCGCUCAGUAGAUGCUGAUAUUGACGGCCUAAUAUCAGAGGCGAAACUUUUUUCUGGAUACCAAUUGUGGCGUUCUGGUCGACGUGAAGAAGCACUUCGUCUUCUACAGGCAAUCUCUGAUCCGUACGCUUCAUAUUACCAAGGACUCCUCUUCAAAGAGAUUGCGGAAGAAGAGUUACGCAAGGGAGCAACCGUGUACGAAUCAAGAUCAGCAGCCAAUGUACUGUUGAACAAAUCAAGAGACGCGUUCUACAUCACCCUGGAUCGCCUUCGUAGUCCUGGAAUGGAGCGUUUCCAUCCACUAGAUCAAAAACUUUCCGAAGUCAUUGAAAAGGUCGAGACUAAAUUAGGCAGUCUAACCAACUUGUCUAUCGCUAAUGGUCACAGCACUGAGGAAGAAGAAGAGUCUGAAGAGAGGGAAUAUCUCACGCCUCAGCAAGUUACUAGCACCCCACACCGAAGAAGCGUGAUGAACAUGACUUCAAUGCGUAACGGAACGUCCCUCGCAAGUCGUCUUGAAAUAAGCACACGAGCUGAAGCGAGACCCAGCCCCGAACGUUUGGACGCUCAACUUAGACAAAUGGUGCAGCGACAGGAGGAAUUCAACCAAGCAAUUUCAACUGAAUUAAAACAAAUUCGGGCCGAAGUCGUGGACAUCAAAACCUUGAUACAAAAAUUGGAGUCGCAUCUUGAGAUGCAAGCAAAACAUGAAGUGAAAGAGAGUAGGAAAAAGUCGUCUGAAAAGGCUUCUGAGACCUAUGAUGAUAGAUGCUACGAAGAUGGUGAUGUGGAAGAUUGGGAAGAACAAGAAGACGAGGAGGAAGAAACCGACCUCGAUAAUUUAGUGAAAUUGAAAGGAAAAUUGAAGAGCUCUGGUCCCUCUGCCCCACAGAUCAAUAUGCCAUUGUAUGCUCCUCCAUUUGCUCCUGCAACGAGACCGGCAUACGGAUAUCCACCGACCUAUGGAGCUCCAUUCCACCCUUCUGCAUACCAGCAAUAUCCAGGUUUUCCGUACGUAGGAGUUCCAGGUGCACCAGGUCCUUUCCCCGUUACGCCAACUUAUUCGUAUCCACCGGGAAUACCCCAUUGGGGAAUGGACCAAGUUACAACUCCGUCACCAGGAUCUACUUAUUUGCCCCCUGGGAUGGUUGCUCCACCUAUUCAACAGCAGAUUCCUGUUCAACCCCCAGCUCCGUCUGUUUUUUCCCGAAUUGGAACAAAAGAUACAUCACUGCUUGCAGCAACUUUGCAGCAACCUACCGUAAUCAGCACUGCACCAACACCCAUAAACGACGUGGAAUCGGCUUCUGAGGCCCUCCGCAGAGCUGCAGCUGGUUAUUCAGCAUCUUCCACUGCCCCUGCUCCUCACGCAUAUCAGAUUAAUGUUCCCACACAGGCUACACCGGAGAAAAUAGUUGAUAAUACUUUAUCUCCAGCUAUCCAGCUUUCUACUCGAAGCCUGCUUGCCAAUAUCCCCGAGCCAGAGUUUUCAUCUGUUACCACUCCGGAUAAAUCUAAAUCAGCCCGUGAUCGCAAAGCUUCCACUUGUUCUGAUGGAAGCUACGCUCCAGAAGAGGAGGUUGACAACUACCCAGAUUUCAAACCUAUUAUUCCUUUACCGGAAGAAGUGGAAGUAAAGACUGGAGAAGAAGGUGAAGAUGUACUUUUCGAUCAAAGGGCCAAACUUUUCCGUUUUGCCGAGAACCAAUGGAAAGAGCGUGGUGUUGGCCAACUAAAACUUCUUCAAGACCCGACUACGAAGAAAGUUCGAUUGCUGAUGCGCCGUGAUCAAGUCUUCAAGAUUUGUGCCAAUCACACAAUUACGGCAGAUAUCAAAUUGUCCGAAAUGAAUAAUUCAACCAAUUCGUGGAUAUGGGCCGCCAUGGAUUUUGCAGAUGGCGAAGCAAAACUGGAAAAAUUUGCUGCCAAAUUCAAGACUCAAGAAAUAUCCACUGAAUUCAAAGAAGCCUUUGAAAAGGCCAAAACAGCCGAUGUUGUUAAACCUAAGCCUGAUACUGCAACUACAACAGUCAAAAAGGCUAGCGAAGCACCAGUUAAAGGAUUUGGGGACAAAUUUGCUCCCAAAAGUGGAUCAUGGGCUUGCGCAAUGUGCUAUGUCAACAAUUCGGCAGAAGCUACCAAAUGUGUAUCCUGCGAAACACUCAAACCAGGGACAGAAGCUCAAGCACCAGCCCCAACUCCUUUCUCUCAAAUGAAAUUCGGAAUGCCUUCAGUAGCAUCUGUUGCUUCGACAACAACUACGGCGUUCAAAACUACCACGGUAACGACUACCCCUGCCAGCACGGGAUUCAUAUUUUCAUCAACACCAUCAACUGGAGCUCCCGCGUUUAGUGGCAUGAAGUUUGGAGUUCCAGCUGCCACAACAACACCAGCCUCGGCAGCACCUACUUUUAGUUUUUCAACUCCAACUCCCGUUACUACAUCAGCUCCUGCUACAAUUAGGUUUGGUGUGGCUGCCGCAACACCGACUUCAACAACUACACCUGUUUUUGGAGUAACGACGACGCCCAGCUCGGCUGCAGUAACAACAAGUUCUGCAGCGUUUUCGUUUGGAGGAAACAAACCUGCUUUUUCAUUCGCUCUGCCCUCUUCCUCAACGGAAACCGUGGUAUCGAAAGCUCCAUUUUCAUUUUCACCUCCCAAAUUGGCUACGGCCGCAGUCACGCCUCAAACUAACGGUCAAACCGACGUCACCACCAAAGUGACACCGUCAACCACAGCUGGAGUAACACCGACGUCUUCCGUGCUACCUGGCUCAAUUUUUGGGACUCCCAAAUCAGCAGUUGAAACUAAACCAAUUUUUGGAAGUUUUUCCUUUUCCACGCCGGUUCCUGCUGCUGCAACACCAGAAAAACCUUUGGAGGAAAAGAAACAAGAAGUCAAGCCUAGUCCUUUCGCCGGCUUUUCUUUUAAUAGCAAUCCGACUCCUGCUUUAGCACCAAAGGCGCCUUCAGAUGAGAAAAAAUCCGAAGACAAGCCUAGCCCAUUUGCUGGGUUCUCCUUUGGGGGGUUCGGAGGCGUUGCAAAUAAAGACGCUGGAGAAAAGAAGGCUGAACCUGGUAUGCUGUUUUCUCUGUUAGCCCAACAGCAGUCUUCGACCGGUUUUACCAUUGCUCCAAACAAAGAGUUCCCUGGAACCGGAACACCACUUUUCGGAUCAACUACUCCGAGCGAUAAGACGAAAGAUUCGAGCAAGGAGGAAGAUGGAGAGGAAAAUGAAGGAGAACAUUAUGAGCCCAAUGUUGUGUUCGAGCCAGUAAUCCCAUUACCUGCCUUAAUUGAAGUAUCGACUGGCGAAGAAGAAGAAAAGUUGUUAUUUAUUGAUCGAGCCAUCCUCUAUCGCUACGUUAAUGAAAGCAAAGAGUGGAAGGAAAAGGGAAGAGGUGAAAUGAAAAUUUUGGAACAUAAAAUCACUGGCCGAGCCCGCUUGUUGAUGAGAAGAGAGCAGGUUCUCAAAAUCUGUUGCAACCAUUACAUUACUCCUCAGCUGUCACCGAAGCCUUUGCAGACAUCAGACCGUACAUGGACAUGGUCUGCACAAGAUUUUUCUGAGGGUGAACUAGUUCAGGAAACCUUUGCACUGAAGUUUAAAACCAUGGAUCAGGCCCAGAAGUUCAAGGGCGUUUUCGAUGAAGCCCAGAAGAAAUCUGCUGACAUCAGUACUGAGAAAGUCGAAGCAGCGAAAGAUAUAAAAGGCCAAGAACCUCAAACCUUUGGUGAGAAGUUUAAACCCAAAGAAGGAUCCUGGGAAUGCCAGGGCUGCCUCUUGCGCAACGAUCCUAGUGUGAUGAAGUGUCCAUCUUGUGAGACUAGCAAACCUGGAGAGCCUAACAAAACCGAACAGCCUGCCCCAAAACCUCAACAACCUGUAACUGCAUCCUUCGCUGGAUUGUUUAAGCCCAAAGAAGGAUCUUGGGAAUGCAAAGGCUGUUUUUCACGCAAUGAUGCUGCUAUGGUAAAGUGUCCUUGCUGUGACACCAUUAAACCUGGAGAGACUGCUCCCGCUACUACGCAGAGUUUACCAACGGCUACCACUCCAGCAGCUCCUUCCUUCAAGUUUGGUUCGGAAGGUGGUUUUAAAUUUGGAACGCCCGCCUCUAGUACUUUACCUUCGUUUGGCGCGAAUUCAUCAUUCCCUUCCAGCACUGCUACUGGAUUUGGCAAUGUCUUCAAUUUCUCCAUGGGCACGCCUUCUGCUGCGAGCCCAGCACGCCCAGCGACUCUGACUGCUCGUUCACCGAACGUUUCAGUCAGCAGCGACAACGAGUACUAUGAUGAAGGUGAGAGUGACAACAUUCACUUUGAACCCAUCAUUCCAUUGCCAGAGAAAAUUCAAGUCAAGACUGGAGAAGAAGACGAGGAAGUUGUUUACUGCCAUCGCGCCAAACUUUUUCGAUUGGUUGAUAAUGAAUGGAAAGAGCGAGGCCUGGGUGAUGUAAAAAUCUUGCGACAAAAAGACACUGGAAAAACUAGGCUAUUAAUGCGACGAGAACAAAUUUUGAAGAUUUGUCUAAAUCACGCUCUCACUCCCGAUCUGACUUUCAAACCCAAAGACGAGAAAUCUUGGAUAUGGAAAGCUAAAGACUUUACUGACGGCGAAGAGAAAGAAGAGACUUUCGCCAUAAGAUUUCGUGACGCAGAAACCUGCAAAGCUUUCAUGGAUGCUGUGAAUGAGACUAAGGUUUCCCCUUCAUCAGCGUCUGUCGCCAGCACGCCAGCUGCAACAGGAGCAGAUGAAGUGCAACUUGUCUACGCUAAGGAAGCCACAGAGGAACAGAAGCGUAAAGCCAAGGAGCUCAAGCUCCCCCUCAACUUUUUCUUGUACGAAGAUGCUCCGCCGUGUCGAGGUUGUCGAGGUUGCGAACCUGAAGACAAGAUUGUAACCACGAAACCUGACGUCAUUACUAAGCCCAAUCAUGUCGCUAAAGCCGAGACUCCUUCCAACGCAAUAUCGUUUGCCAAGAUGAUUGAUGCCUCCGCCUCACAGCUAUCUUUCUCGUCACUAGUCUCUUCAACUGGCAGUGGAUUCAACAAGCCAGCAGCGUUUUCUUGGUCUGGAACUGGUCAACCUAUUUUUGGGAUGGGUAGUCCAGCGACGCCGCAAGAAGAUAAAACCAACCAUGGUGAAGACGAUAAUGACGAAGUUCCUGAAAGCAACGAUCCUCACUUUGAACCAAUUAUUCCUCUGCCGGCAUUGGUUGAGGUGAAAACUGGUGAGGAGGAUGAAGAAGUCAUUUUCUCUCACCGCGCAAAAUUAUACCGAUACGUGGCAGAAAGUAAGGAAUGGAAGGAAAAAGGAGUCGGAGAUAUAAAAAUCCUUUAUAACAAGGACAAAAAUACCUACCGAAUUCUGUUGAGAAGGGACCAAAUUCACAAACUGGCAUGUAAUCAUUGGAUCACUGAUGAUAUGAGUUUGAAACCCAUGUCUACUUCUACUACUGCUUGGACCUGGUUUGCAAUGGAUUUUUCCCAGGGCGAGUUAAUCUCUGAAUCAUUUGCAGUUCGCUUUAAAACAGAAGAUCAGGCAACUCUCUUUAAAACUAAGUUUGAAGAAUGCCAAGCUGCGUUAAAGAAGAACACGACCGCAGUAAAGCCAACGUUGGCCGAGUCAAACAUUGUUUCAACUCUAGCUGUGACUCACAAAGAAGGUUCUUGGGAAUGCCAAGGAUGCUUAGCGCGCAAUGAUACUACUGUGCUAAAAUGCCCUUGCUGUGAAGCCAUGAAACCUGGAGAGACUCUACCUACUGUUACUCCUCAACCGGAAGUGACAGGCGCAACAAAUGACGCCGAAGAAGAAGAGGAGGAAGAAGGUGAAGAUGAAGAAACAGUUGAAGAAGAUCAAGAUGAAGAAGAAUAUGAAGAUGUGGAGGAGUCCAUUAUGUUCGAGAAGCGCUGCACACUCUCGUCCCUGGAAGGUGGUCAGACCGACAAGAAAUGGGUGCUUUUAGGAACCGGCAAUCUUAAAAUUGUGUACGACGAUGAGAUGUUGUGUGCGAGGAUCGUUGUCGAAGAUGGAAAUGAGCAGUUGCUCUGUGACAAUGUCAUUGCUAUUGAAACUGAGCUAAAGGUUGAUAACAAAGAGUGCGUAUGGUCGGCUAUCGAUUAUUCGUCUGAGGAAUCUGUGCACAGAACUUUCCGUGCCCAGUUCAGCUCUACUGACGCUGCGCUUGAAUUCCAAUCGAUGUUUGCCGAAGCGAAGCAGUAUGCAGAGAAAUCUGAUGUACACGACGAGCCUGAUUUACACGCAGCGGGUUAUGACCAUAGCAAUGACGAUCACGGAGACUAUGUCGAAGGUCAAUCCAUGCCAUCUGAAGGAGCCGUCACGUCUUUCAAGCCGGCAGUACUUGUUCGUGCUUGUGAUCCGAAAUUAGCCCAAGCGCUAUCAGAUAUUUUAAAUGAUGUGAAUUAAAUGUUUUCUGCCUAUUUUUUGGUAGGUCAGGGGGAUACCCCCCUUUUUGAUAUGACGUUUCUUUCAGUUGUCAAUGAUUGAACUCACUCGUUUUUCACCCUCGAUUGUACUUUUGCGGGCCUUUCCACAGUGUGAUUAAUUCGUAACAAUAAAUUGAGAUGACCUGA